UCAAAUCUGUCAGCAUGGCACAUAGCCUCCAUUUGAAUUAAACCCUGGCGAAUCAAUUCAAAGUUAUAUCCCACAUCGCAACGCUCCAGCCCCUUUAUCACACCAUGGUGAUUGUGGGAAGGCAGUGAUUGGCCCGAUUUGGUGCAUGUCGUCCCAGAGGCUCAUGGCUUUUGAUGGGAAUGAGUCAUGAGAAACAACAAGGGUAGGGGCCCCCGGAUCGAGCCUCUGAGCCAUAAUUGGGAUGUGGUGUUUGAUGGCCGGUAUAUAAAAGCAACAGAGAUGAUAUUCGAGCAACACAAAUCAGAUCCCUCCCCUCCCCUCCGAUGUCGCAACAAACAGCAAGUGGUUCGGACCCCUCCGAGAAGCCAGAAAACGCCCCGGUCUCGAGGAGGACGAUUGAUCCAGAACGGAUGGACUCUUUAUCGUUCUCCUUCAAUCACGAUCAGUUACGCAUAGACAAUACAAGGAAGGAGAUUGCCACCGUAGUGACCGUAUUGAGCAGGCUUGAAAGUGAACGCGAGAACAUGGACUCUAGUGUGCAUGAUGCCGACUUGAUCACAAACUUAGAGAAGGACGCUACGCUGCGUGGGCAUCUUCGAAAGCUUCGAAACAAGCUGAACCUGCUUGAAUGGAGAGCCUUUGCAAGCUCAAAGAGCUUGGUUGCUCUAGACCCCAUGGUAGUUGAUCGUCUUUUGGAUAUCCAAAAGGAAACGGCAUCGUCAGUUGGAGCUUUAGCAGCUCUAGGUGCGUCGCUGUCACUGAGCAUACUGUAUUCUGGGACUCGUGGGGGUAGGUCUCCUUUCCUGCUGAGUCUCAUGAUAUCAGCUCACAAACCCAUCGGCAGAUAUGUGGGCCUUUUUCGUAGCUUGGUGGUUUUUCAUCAUUGCUCUGGCAAUCGUAACAUCCCUAGCCUUGUCCAGUGUUGCAAGCGGCUUGCUAUCCGGGUCUGAUCUCCUUGAAACCCAAGCGAGCGAUGCCUCACUCGGUCUUUCAGCAGCAACUUCAAAAAAUUGGAGAAUUCAGCGUCUUGCAAUCGUCCUUAAUUUUAUUUGUCUAUUCUCCAUAACGAUGGGGUUUGCUUCGUUUUGCGGGGCUGUGGCUGGAUUUUCACUGACGGAUGAGCUGCAUGGUAG